AAGCUUCUGUGCGCGUACCUGGUGGGAGCGAGAGGAGGGUGAAAGGAAGAGAGCGCUGGAUAGGGUCAGGGUGAGAGAGCGAGAGAGAAACGGACGGAAGAGAAAGAAAGACAGAGUGUUAUCAUCCACCCGCCGUCGAGGGCAUUGCCUACGCACGUUUUUGGCAGCGCUUCCCCGGCGUCAUCGCCGUCGUCGUCGCCGUCGUCGCCACCUUCGACGAGCAGCGCGCGUCAGUACGCGGCCGUGCAGUGCUGCCGUGUCGGUCGUUGGUUCGUUCGGUCGGUCGAUAGAGGCACGCCGGCGAAGGUGCGACACUCGUCCACUUCGAUGAGUCCUCUCCUUGUACUUUAUAAUGCGGCGCGCCCGUUAUCAUCGCGCUCCUUCCCGUCCCUCCACCGCGUCGUCGCCGACGUCCUCGGGCCGCCGCCGCCGCGGUCGCGUGUCGAUCAGACCUCGAGCUUAUCGCCAGGCGACACCGUGAAGACUUGAGAGCGUCUCGGUAUUCGCGAACGGUGCGUAAGACAAGCAGCGUCGUCUCUGCGAACGAAAGCCCGAGUUCGUCUUCUUACGCGCGGCACCCGGUGUGUGCGACAUUCGGGGGUUGCGCUCGUCGGCCCUGUCGCUGACGUCUCUCUCCGGCGACGGGGGGAGCGAUGAGGCUCCACGAGCAGCUGUCGACUUGUCCGGCGACGACGAAGCUGCCAUGAGUCACGUUUAAUUAUUGGACUCGACGUUUCAGCGAUUUACUGCCGCGAUAGUCGAUCGCGGCAUUCGUUUCGGCGCUGUGACUCGCUCGGCUCCACGUUCAAUCGCCGGACCGACUGGCCUCCACGCACGAGAAAGAGGGAGAGAGAAAGAGGGUGGGCUUCAUCGAGCAUUCCUGGAAAAAAAUCUCAGCCAGACGCGGCGAUCAUCACCGGGGGGACGGGGGAGGGGGAGAGGAAAAAUAAACCGCGACAGCUUUCGAGCGGGACGAUAAAGACUACUACUCGUCGUCGUCGAGGAAAGUCGUGCGCCGCUAGAAGAGGAAGAAGGAAGAGAGAGUUCAUUGACGCGGCUGUCGAAAUCGUCGCUCCGGAAUCGUCGAUCGAGUCGGCGAAUAGCGUGAGCCAGCCAGGAGAGCGAUCACGCCGGGGGUGCGAGCGGGUCGAAGGGCGCAACGGUGGCUCGUGUACACAUCGUGCAUCGUGUGUAUGAGUGCGUACAUGUGACUGCACCCGGAGGGUAAUCCGUCGGCCCCCUUCGCAGUGUACAGCCGCGAUUCGGGAACAUCGUGCCGAGCGCGUUCGUCGUCGUCGGGGGUUCCCUUCUGAUGGUACAGCGAGCAGUGAGUCGCCGGCGACGGACGUGCGCGGACGACGGCGAUCGACGGAAGAUCGUCCUCCAUUACCGUCGUCGUCGUCGUCGACGAGUCGUCGGAUGCCGCACGGCCUCGCCACGAUGAUCAUCCCCGUGCACUUCCUGCUGCUCGUCGUCGCCUGCGAGCCGGCGCGCGCCGGCCUCGCGCCGUUCCUCGGCUCCGCCGAGCGGAUGCAGCCGGCGGAGGAGCAGGCCGCGCACGGGCCCCAGGCCGACGUCGGCGACUUCCCCAGCGACCCGCACAGCGCCUACCCCGGCAUGGGCUUCGGGCCGAUGGGUCCGGUCCGCUCGGCCCUGUCCGACGACGCCACCCUGCGCAGCCUGUCCUCGGCGAGCGGCGACGACACCGCCGGCCGGUCUAAGGACUCCCAGCUCACCGCGCGCUCCGCCGACGACGACGUCGCCGUCACCGCCGGUGGAUCCUCCGCGCACGACGAGAACUCGCCGAAGCCGGAGUACCACAUCAUCACCGUCGAGUUCCCCCGCGUCGAGACGCCCUUCGUCAUCGGGAUAUGGAUCUUCUUCGCCAGCAUCGCGAAGAUCGGCUUCCACAUGACGCCGAAGCUCAACAAGAUCUUCCCGGAGUCCUGCUUGCUGAUCGUCGUCGGCGUGGUCGUCGGAGUCCUGCUGUUCCAGGCGAGCAGCGUCCACGUGUCGCCGCUCACGCCGGACACGUUCUUCCUCUACAUGCUGCCGCCCAUCAUCCUGGACGCUGGCUACUUCAUGCCCAAUCGGCUGUUCUUCGACCAUCUCGGGACGAUACUCCUGUUCGCCGUCCUUGGGACUAUAUUUAAUACGAUGUCGAUAGGUAUGUCGCUGUGGCUGCUGGGGAAAAGCGGCGUGUUCGGCUUCGAGACGCCCCUCCUCGACAUGUUCUUGUUCUCGGCGCUGAUCAGCGCCGUCGACCCGGUCGCGGUGUUAGCCGUCUUCGAGGAGAUCCACGUCAACGAGAUACUCUACAUCGUCGUGUUCGGCGAGAGUUUGCUGAACGACGCGGUCACUGUCGUGCUCUAUCACAUGUUCGAGACGUACAGCGAGAUGGGCGCUUCCAGGAUCAUCUAUACGGACGUGUUAUCGGGCCUAGCCUCGUUCCUGGUGGUGGCGAUCGGUGGCACGAUCAUAGGUAUAAUUUGGGGCUUCGCGACCGGCUUCGUCACCAGGUUCACCCACCAGGUGCGCGUAAUCGAGCCGAUCUUCAUAUUCGUGAUGGCGUACUUGGCAUACCUGAACGCCGAGAUCUUCCACAUGUCCGGUAUAUUGGCAAUAACCUUCUGCGGCAUCACCAUGAAGAAUUACGUCGAGGCGAAUAUAUCGCACAAGUCCCACACGACCGUCAAGUAUACAAUGAAGAUGCUGUCGAGCAGCUCGGAGACCAUCAUAUUCAUGUUCCUCGGCGUCGCCACGGUGAACAAUGCGCAUAACUGGAAUACGUGGUUCGUCGUCAUGACGAUAGUCUUCUGCUCCGUUUAUCGAGCCGUGGGCGUGAUAGUGCUCACGGCGCUGGCGAACCAGUUCCGGUUGCACAAGUUGGACAAGGUGGAGAAGUUCGUGAUGUCCUACGGUGGCCUGCGCGGCGCCGUGGCGUUCGCUCUGGUGCUCCUCAUAGAUCCGAAACACGUGCCGUUGCAGCCGAUGUUCGUCACCACCACCAUCGCCGUCAUCUACUUCACCGUGUUCAUCCAGGGGAUCACGAUCAAACCCCUCGUGAGGAUCCUCAACGUCAAGCGGGCUGAGAAGAGGAAGCCGACGAUGAACGAGAGGAUUCACGAGAGGAUAAUGGAUCACACGAUGGCGGGUAUCGAGGACAUUUUGGGGAAGCACGGCAACUACCACGUGCGGGAUAAAUUCAAGCGAUUCGACACCAAAUUCAUCCGGCCUUAUCUCGUGAGAGACCACUGCGGCGCCGAGCCGAAGAUCCUGGAGACCUACUCGAAGCUGGCGAUGAAGGACGCCCUGGAUUACAUAAGAAGAAACGCCUCCACGAUCGGCAAUAUCAGCGGCACCGAGAGCAUGUCGGCGAUAUUCCGUAAUUACAGCAAUACGAACGGACAAUUCAACGCGAGCCCCAGCUGCAGCCAGCUCGAGGCGGGAUGGAAUAUCGAUCUGCAGGAACUCGAGUACAAUCCCUCCAAGAAAGACCUGACGGACGCGCGGAUCCACCAUCUGCUCGCCGAAGAGCUCUGUAAACCGUACAAAAGGGUAGGAGAAAAACACCGGCGCUUGAGCUACAGUCGGCACGCGGUGAACGAUCGCGAUCUCUCGACGCAGGUCAAUUACAAGAUGCACAUGAACAUCCGGCGGAUGAUGGGCGAACACAAGCAUCGACACAAGCGCAGCAAGAAGCUGCUCAAAGACGGCAAGCCGACCCACGUGAGCUUCCCGGAGUUCCAGCAGCAGAACGGCUCGACGAAAUUGCUCCGGCAAGAUUACAUCAACGGCGUGCUGUACGAGCUGGAGAACGGGGAGACCUCGAAGCCCUCCAGCAAGGAGGACUGGGACUCGGCGAUCACGUUCACCGCGCGAACGUCCGAUUCUCCCAAUGUAAACGCCGACAAUCAACAUCCUACCACCACUACCACGUCGAUGGACACGAUUAAUUCUGACGAAGGAGACUUGAAAAUAGGACGCGACGGCGCGGAAGGCUACAGAGUCACCACCCCCACAGCCACAGAGACCAUGUUACCGUGGAAACGCGAGGACGAUUACGAGUCGGGUCACCCUAUCAAGCAGAAUGAAUUCCCAGCAUGGUGCUCCAACAAGGAAUACCUCGCCUAUAGCUCGCCCUCGGCCACAUUCUUAGGUGGGAUCGAGCAGCCGAAGGUCCAAUCCGUGAUUGGCCUAUUUCGACGCGAGAGCGUGUGCACGCCCGACAGUAUCGAUUGCCAGGAGACCGUCGAGGAGGCCGACGAGACGGACGAGUAUACCGUGACGAGAAUGGAUUCCCCCGCGAAAACGAAGGGCCACGCGAGAGUGCCCGCGAGGAGAGUGUCGAUGCUGGAGCUCGGCACGGCCGACCGGGUGCGCUCGGAGAAGGCGGACGACGGUUCUCACUCCUUGCCCGACUGCUGGAGUGCCCAGAGGAUGCGUCUUAACUCCUUCGCCUGCUCGGCCCAGAUGCCGAGCCUGUCGACCGCCCUGAUCACCUCCUCGUCGGAAUCGUCGGAGGACGUGGACGAGGAGGAGGAGAAAGCUUGACCCUUGGGGAUCGUCGAGGAGCAGCAGGAGCAGCCGUCCACGUACGCCGCGGACGUCGAGCGCCGGCGACGUCGGCCGCCCUUCCGGCGGCCGCCGCGGCGCUCGCUGCUCAGCUCGCUCCUGCGACGUCCGAGCGCGCCCGUUUGAGAGGACCUACCCUUGACAAGUCGCCUUCUGCGGCGCGGAUCGUCCGAGCCUGAAUCGGCCUGAAUCGCGCCGAACUCGGCGCGAAUCGGCGCGCGUCAGCGAAUUUCUCGCAGAUCCUCGCGCGGAGGACGAACGGGUUCUUGCAAUGUCGGGGUUUGCGCGCGAGUGCAGAUACGGGGAGAGGCGAAUGUUGAGUGUUGCGAUUCGAAGGAGAGAACGGAAGAUAUUUUUCUAAAGGCGCGACAAUGAGUCUUCCGUCGCGCGAUAUCACCCGGUGAACUUCGCUGAAACCGGAUCUCUCAUUUCGACAUCCCCGGUAUCGCUCGUGAUGAAGAAUCCGAGGGUGGUGGGGAAGGCAUCCGAAGACGUAUCAUCACGGCGAAGUGAAGAAUUCGAGUGGCCGCUGUCGCUUCGUCCGCACCGCAGGAACGCGUUUGCGAACACGAGGGCGCUUGUCGAGAGCAAGGGGUUAUUUCUAAAUCCGUCUCUAAAGACGUCAUGGAAUCGUGGCCUUAAGGACUAUGGAAGUACACUUGGACCUCGGCGAUGACGCGCUGUCGUCCUCGUCGUCGGCACAAUUCACUUGUCGGUGCUAUCGGUGAAGGAAGAGAACAGUCUCGCUGAAACCGUAGCGAGUACGUCGCAGGGUUUAUCGCGAGCACCUCUUCUCGAGGGUUUAUUCGACGACCGCACCGAGUCGUCCGGUCAUCGCUGCUUCACGACUCCGGGCUACGGUCGGGCCGUCGACUCGAUCCAGUUCGCCCUGGCCAGCUUUUAGCCAGCGUGGAAGUCCGGAACUACUACGUAGAGGUGUUCCUGAAACGUCGUAAAAUAGUCACGCUGCAGUCCUCCAUGAGACGACGUCAUUUUCGACGUAUCGAUUUGAUUUGCCUUAAAUCAAUGCAAUUGAAUUUUCGAUUUCCGUAACGCUAUUAGGGGCUUGCGAAAGUCCGUAGGAUCGUCGAUCGUUUUACCAAACGAUAAGUCAUUUUGCAGAACUAUCGAAUAAACGCCGAACUGUCAAAUAAAUACCCGAAAGGUGGUAGAAAGUGAUGUAUAUAUAAUAGGCAUUCCGACUAAACUUUGAUGGCACGUUGUUUCGUAGCUGUUAAGAGAAUACCGACAAAAAGUCCGACCGACUUUUGCAAGCCUCCUGAUACUUUCCAUGGGAGGCGCUUUUGUUCCCGAGUAAAUGAUUUGUACCUCUCGUCUUGAUACUGAACGUUUUCACCCAUCUUGGUGAUAUCCGCACGGAGAAAAAGAUUUCUUUGGAUUAAAUAAAAUCUCUUUGAUCGAAGCAAAUUUGUCUUUUGGAAUGGA